AACUAAUUGCAAAAUUAUCUCCCCAUAUUUUAUUGAGUUGCUCAAAGUUACCAUCAAUGUGCCCCAUCUCUUAUGCCUCAUCAUCAAUGGCUAGAUUCACUAUAAUAAGUUGAUUCAAGAUUUCGUUAACAUGGUUCAAAUGCUUAGCCACAUUCUUGCCAUUUGUGAACUUGAGAUUUACUAGGUUUCUAAUAAGAGAUGCUUUUUUCAAGGAUGGAGACUACUAGGGUUCGAGAGAAGGAUGCGGCGGCCAAAGGGGACAGCGACUUCCGACGGCGACAAGGGCUCAGGAGGCGGAUUCCAGGGUUCAGUAGUCAGUUGUCAGGACAGGCUCGGACGUUCUUUUUCUACAAUUUUCCUGAGAAUUUGAGAGCAAAGGAUCUGUGGUAUUGUUUUCAAGGGUAUGGAAAGGUAGUUGAUGUAUUUGUGCCGAACAAGAGAGAUAAAUGGGGGAAAAGAUUUGGUUUUGUUCGUAUGGUAAGGGUGAUGAAUGAGUAUACAAUGGAGAAGAGGCUUAAUGAGAUUUGGUUCGGGUUUUAUAAGUUACGGGUGAGGAUCGUUGAUCGUCCUGUGAAGCAGAGUUCAAGGCCGGAAAAGAUGACAAGGAGCAAUGCGAAUAGAUUGGUUCAACCUGGGCAGUCUUAUGCACAGGUGGUUGUGGGGAACAAUCAGAGGUAUGUCAAGAAACAGGAUAAUGUAUCGGAAGUACCUGAAAAGGAGAAAGGUAACGUUCAGGUGGAGAUGGUCCCAGUGCAGACAGUACAGCUUGAAAAGAAUGAGUAUGUUGGCUCAAGUGAUACGAUGCAGGGGCAGACGGGGAUGGUGGGGAGUGUAGGGGUUCAAACUCAAGCGACAACCAUUGAUUUUUCUCCGUCGGAGAAGGAGCUACAUUGGUUGGAGGGGGGUAUGGUGGCAUUAUUAAAGUCAUUAAGGUUUAUUACGAGUAUACAGGAUAUUGUCGAUGUGGAUGGAGGGAUGAUUUCAGUAUCACCAUUAGGGGGCAGAUCAGUGCUGUUAACUAAAAAAGUGAAAGGUUACCUGGGUGAGUUUAUGGAGCAAAAUAAAGAAUUGUUCGACACAUGGUUUGAUUCCGUAAGGCCAUGGGCAAUGGCAACUUCGAUGAGAAGUAGGCUAGUUUGGCUGCGAGUUUCAGGCGUCCCGUUGAAAGCGUGGUGUGAUAGGUGUUUUGCAUUGAUCGGAGGAACAGUGGGUGAGGUGGUGAUGGUGCAUGAUGAUACCAGAAAUAAAUUUUUUAUGUGUGAAGGAAGGGUUUUAGUUCUUUGUAGUGAUGAAUUCAAAAUUGCUAAGACUGUACAAUUGAAGAUCGAGGGCCAGACAUAUGAGGUAGGAGUUGUGGAGGAAGAAUGGAGGUCCGAUCCCGACUGGUGGGUAUUGGACGGUGACCGGCAGAGCUAUUCAGGGGCUUCAUCGGAAUAUUCCGCACAAAGUGGUGACGAAGAUCCAGAAAUUAGUAUAGACGAGAUUAGCGCCGAGGAUGAUGAUAGCAUUGAUUUGGAGCAGUUUCAGAAGGAAGGGGUUUUGAAUUCAAAUGAUGGUAUUGGGCCGGGAGUGAGUCUUACUGGGCUGGUUGAAAAUGGUAAAAGCAGAAGGCCCAAUGACUUAGUUCUAGAAGGGUCCGCAUGUGAUAAGGUCGGUAAAGAGGGGAUGGGUAAAAGGAGGAGACAAAUUGCAGAUUGUUAUCCGAAAGAGGGGAGAGAAAAUCGGGAAGAUCAAGCAGAUUGGGUGACUGGGCGGACGAAGCAGAGGCGCGCGAGAAGGGUGAAGGCGCAGCAGCUGCCAGCAGAAUCGGGAAGGUUGCAGCAGAUGCCAGCAGAAUCGGGAAGGUUGCAGCCAGCAGAAUCGAGAAGGAAUCAGCAAGAAGGAAGAGGCGCCUCUAUCUCAGAUGGGUGUAUUGCUCACCGGAACCGUGUGAUUCAACAGGAUCUCAGUAUGCAAGAGGUAAGAAGGUUGAUUACAGCUGGGCGACGGCUGGGUAUGCAGUUCCAGGGAAGUGAAGAGGAGGUGGAAUCUCGGUUUUUAGAGCUGGAGCAGAGGGAUGAGGCACGGGGGAGAAAUAGGUUGGGGGGUACGGUGAAGAGGAGGGAACUGGGAAAAUUAGUAAGGGUAGAGAAACCAGAUUUUUUAUUUGUUCAGGAGACCAAAUUAGAAGAGGUAGAGGAAGAAUUGUGUAAAAAGUUGUGGUAUUCCGAUGAGUUUGGGUGGAGUAUGAAGAGCUCGGUUGGAGCAUCUGGAGGGUUGUUGUGUGUGUGGAACAGGACAGCUUUUGGCAAAGUGGAGGAAUUUACAGGGGAUGGGUACUUGGGUAUAAAAGGGGUUUGGGGGUCAAAAGAAGAGCCGUGUGUUUUUGUGAACGUAUAUGCUCCGAGUGAUAGAAGGAGCAAGGUUGCGUUAUGGGAUGAGCUCAGACAGAAAAUUACAGAAGAGGGUGGGAGAUGGUUGCUGGCAGGGGAUUAUAAUGCUGUUCGGUGUCUUGAAGAAAAAAGGGGAAGGACAGGUAUGAGUGUAGAUAUGUCGGAGUUUGAUGCUUUCAUUGAGACAACAGGAUUGGUUGAUAUUAAGUUGGCCAAUCAGAAGUUUACAUGGUAUAGACCGGAUGGUACAUCCAUGAGCAGAUUGGAUAGGAUACUGAUGACUGUGGAGAUGAGCAGUAUGGAAUUUAAGAAAGUAGUUGAAGACAAAUGGAAUGAGACGGUGGUUGAUGGGUUUGCAGGGUAUAGAUGCUUACAGAAAUUAAAGGUGCUGAAGAAUUUUUUGAAAGGGUGGAAUAAGGAAGUGUUUGGGGAUAUAGAAGUUAAAUUUCAAGUUGCUAUGGAUAAGGUUGCGCAGAUGGAUAUGAAGAAUGAAGAGGCUGAUUUAGAAGGGGAAGAGUUGGCUGAAAGACAAGAAGGCUUUAAUGAAAUGUGGGAUAUUAUGAAGAAAAGGGAGAUAUUAUGGAAGCAGAAAUCAAGAUGUAGCUGGGCAAAAUUAGGGGAUGCUAAUACGAGGUUUUUUCACAAAGUGGCAAAUGGUAGAAAGGUUCAUAAUAACAUUAAUGGGUUUGCAUGUGAAGGCAAAUGGGUGGAGGAGCCAAAGAAGGUGAAGAAAGAGGUGGUCAGGUACUUCAGUAAGAUGUUUGCCGGAGAAUCAUGGCAACGACCCAAGCCUGUCGGAAUCAAUUUUAAACAGAUUUCGGAAGAGAAGAAGGCGGAGUUAGAAAGGCCCUUUUCUGUAGAGGAGAUUGAGGAAGGAUUGAAGAGCUGUGAGGGAUCUAAAGCGCCCGGGCCGGAUGGAUUCAAUUUUAAUUUUCUCAAAUGUGUGUGGAACUGUUUGAAGGAGGAUUUUAUGAGCUUUUUUGAGGAAUUCCACCAGAAUGGCAGGUUAGUAAGAGGAUUAAAUUCUUCUUUCAUAACAUUAAUCCCUAAGAAGUUAAAUCCUUUAGAAUUAAAGGAUUUUAGACCUAUUAGUUUGAUUGGAUGUCUGUAUAAGUUAUUGGCUAAGGUGCUGGCUAAUAAGUUAAAGGGCGUAAUGUCGGGGUUAAUUAGUGACACGCAAUCUGCUUUUCUGGGGGGUCGCCAAUUGGUUGAUAGUGUUCUAGUGCUAAAUGAGGUGGUCGAUGAGGUGAAAUUGAAAAAACAGAAGGCCUUCGUUUUUAAAGCUGAUUUUGAAAAGGCUUAUGAUUGUGUAGAUUGGGCAUACUUGGAUUGGAUGCUGUGUAGGAUGGGCUUUGGAAUGAAAUGGCGCGGGUGGAUGAGAGAAUGUCUUUCAACAGCAAGGAUUUCGGUAUUAGUUAAUGGGAGUCCGACGAAGGAGUUUGUGAUGGGAAGAGGUUUAAGGCAAGGUGAUCCGUUAUCACCGUUCCUUUUUCUGAUAGCUGCUGAGGGGUUAAAUGGGUUAGUUAGGAGAGCUGAAACUGAAGGAAUGUUACAUGGUCCAACAGUGGGUAAUAAGGGGUUAACUGUUUCUUUGCUUCAAUUUGCUGAUGAUACAGUGAUUUUGGGGACUGCUGACAGCGAAAAUGUAUUUGCGGUGAAGACCAUUCUAAGAUGUUUCGAGUUGAUGUCUGGAUUAAGGAUUAAUUUUUCCAAGAGUAGUGUGGUUGGGUAUAAUGUGUCAGAAAGGUGGAUUAAAGGGGCAGCAAGUGUCUUACAUUGCGGUGUUGGGGAAACUUCUUUUAUGUACUUGGGGUUGCCAAUUGGUGGGAAGAUUAGGUGUAAGAAGAUGUGGGAACCGAUUUUGAAAAAAUUUCGAGCCAAGCUUGUCAUCUGGAAGUCUUCUACGUUGUCCUUUGGGGGCCGCAUCACUCUACUCAACUCGGUACUCUCUGCUAUCCCUAUCUUUUAUAUGUCAUUAUUUUUAAUGCCGAAUUGUGUGGUUUCGGAGUUGAUUAGUAUUCAACGGGCUUUCUUGUGGGGUGGGGCGGAGUUAAAGCGGCGAAUUCCUUGGGUUAAAUGGGAUUAUAUUUGUUUCAGUAAGAGGAAGGGAGGCUUAGGAGUGUCAGAUUUAUGUAGGAAAAACUGGGCGUUAUUAGGAAAAUGGUGGUUCAGAUUAGGAGAUGGGGUGGAGGGUUUGUGGAAGAAGGUGGUGUGGGAGAAAUACUACGGGGGUAGGGAGGAAGUAGAUAUUACGGCUUUGGAGAGUGUGAGGGUAUCUCGGAUUUGGAGGGAUAUUAUUAGUAUAGGUCAAAGAUCUGGAAGGUUACAGGAUAUGUUGGUCAAGGGUUUCAAAUGGGGGGUAGGGGAGGGUUGUCGAGUAGGGUUCUGGAGGUCGGUGUGGGUGGGGGAGAAAGCUUUAAGGGAUUUGUGUCCUAGAUUGUUUCAGUUGGCUAUAAAUAAGGAGGGUUUAGUAAGUGAGAUGGAGGUUGGUCUUAAGGUGGGAGUUGAAGAUUGGUGGCAGUGGAUUCAUGUUCCAGAUGGGAAGUACGGGGUGAAACAAGCGUAUGAGUUUUUAGAAUCGACGGAAUCUAUCCUUAAUGAUUGGAUGUGGGGUGUUGCCGGGUAUGUUGGAGGGGGUUGCAGAAAUUUUCUGAGUAUUCAAGGGAGAUGUGGCCCUUCGGGAGGGGUUGUUAGUGAUGAUACAGGAAAAGACUUUCUUCUGGUGCAAGAAUAAAGUGCAGGGAUGUGUAUUUUCGGAUGGAGAACAUUGAGGGGUGUAUUGGUCCCCAAAUUUGGGUUUGUUAAUGGAGCUACCAAAAGAGUGAGAACACCUUCAUAAUUUAAUUUGCUUAUUUGCUCAGUAUUUUUUCUAUUCUUAUAAACACUUGUUAUUUGCUGCUUGUUUUGCUAGAUUAAUUCCUUUCAAGGUGUAUGCUAUGACAAUCCUUCUCUUUCUUUGGAUUGUAUGUGGUCCUACCAAGAGAUAAUUUGUUUCUUAUGGGUUUCAUUUUCUAUUUUCAUGUUUUUAUAAAGCUUGAGCAAAAAU